CAAUUCGAGCAAUUAUCCGACGGGUUGAGGCUUCCAUUAAAUGUGAGGUUGGUUGGGUCACCCGCUCGUCGCGGUGAACUCGAGUUCGUAACUCGAUGUGUAACUGGAUAGGCCUUCCAGAGAGGCCAAUUCGAUGUCGCUGAGAGCAGCGUCCGUAUUUUUCGCAGCAUAGGGGAGUAAGACGUGGUUCGCGACCAGCGGCCUGAUCGGCAGAGGAGGCCUUUCGAGGGCUGAUCGAGCACCCAUGGUUCUGUGAGCCCCGUCCCCGCCUCCUCAUGACUGACGGCCGCUGCCUCUGCUAUGGCUCAACAGGCCUUUGAGCCAAUAUUCGACGAGCGACUACCACUGCAAACUAUUCGACACCGGCUUUCCCGUGAGGUGUCGACAGCGCUGCUGCGCAGGAUGGCGUUCAACAUUAUCUCCCAGGUGACGGACUACCUGUACCUGAGCGGGUUCCGUGCCAUCACGCUCAGCGCAGUGCGCACAAUCGGCAUUACGACCAUCAUCAACUGCAGUACCGACCUCCCCGAUAUGCCCAUCGGUGCCGACAACAUCGAGUUCCUGCGCGUGCGCGUGGACGAUUCUCCCUACUUCGACAUGUCCGUCUACUUCGACCCCAUGUCCGAGCACAUCCACAACGUGCACAUGCGCGGCGGCCGCGUGCUCGUGCACUGCAUGGCGGGCGCCUCGCGCUCGCCCACGCUCUGCCUGGCCUACCUCAUGAAGUAUCACCGCAUGCGGCUGCGCGACGCGUUUCGCUACCUUAAGUCGCGGCGCCCCGUGGUGCACCCCAACAACGGCUUCUUCCGGCAGCUUAUCGACUACGAGAUCCAGCUGUUCGGCAACUCGAGCGUCGAGAUGGUCGAGAUGCCCAACCUGGGCCCCGCAUACGGACUCAUCCCGGACAUCUACCUCGAGGAGUGCAAGGGCCUCAUCUGGCUGCACAGCAUCAAGGGCCUCGGCCAGUAGGGGCCCCUGCAGAAACCGGUGCUGCGUGUACACAAGUCCCACCGGCGCUGCCAUGACCUGGAACUCGACUUGUGGAACAAACAAAUCUUGCUUGCUGUUCAUCGGGAACUACCUGUUGUGGUGAUCUGUGGUUGCGCUGCCCAGACAGUAAAUCAAGGAACGGCUGUGACCAAAAGCCAAGGAAGGUCUCUUUUUGAGCCAUCUGAUGGCAUGUCGAGACCAAGUGACGCACAUGUCAUUGAAACGGAAGGCACAGCAACGGCUUGUUUGGACAAAUAUUUUGACCCUUGGUCAGUCCAUUACUUUGUUUCUGGACUCCAGUGGCAAAACCACAGUAGUCAUGACAUUGAUGUAAAACAAGAUUGUUGGUGUUGCUUUGCACCAAGCCUGGCAGCCGAGCGAUUUUCUUGUCUUGGCUGUGUUCCUGAACACAAGUGCACUUUCUUCAUUCAUUCCAUUAUCAGCACUACGCAUAAGCAAAGCAUUGUGACAUUAACUGAUGCUAUUGCAAAUGCUGUGGCAAGGGCAACAGCCUUUCCGCUGUGCAACUUUGCAAUAUGCAAGCUGUCAUAUGAGCAGCAGGUAAAUCUUUUUCGAUAGUUUGACAGUUGACAGAGCAGUCAGCAGCUUAGACAGCACAAUUAAAAUUUACAGUGCCUCGAAAUUGUCGUAGAACACAAUAUUGCCGACCUUUCGUAAGCUACAAAGUUAUGCCACAAUACUAAAUCAUGUAGCCAUAAUGUGAAGGCUGCCUUGUAUAACCACAACUCAUAACUUCAGACAAGCACUCUUGCAGUAACUGUGCAACUAUUGCACAGGCUGCUAAUCUGUAUUUGACCAAAUCUUGCAUACAAAACUGUAGUACAGUUGUCUGAGAAGCAGCAUGGCUAUGGGAGUUCGUUAGAUAAAAAUUGGGUCGUACCACAACAACUUGCCUGUAUUUGUGCCAGCCAAUAUAAUGGCAGUGCUUGUCAUCAGUAGCUGGGCAGCAUCUUUGUCACAGCACACUGGCGCCUUUCGGCACCCUGAACUACAGCAGCAAGAUGUACAGUUGCACGGCAUGCGAAAAUGUGUGUUGCAUGAAAUGUUUGGGCUCUGCUUGUAAAAGCACUUCCGAGAGGCCAGUCAGGAUAUUUCUUGUGACUUGCAGGUCAUGUGCUCGUUUUGUGAGGAGUGCCCCGAGUGGUCACCUGUUCAUGUGGGUAUGCAACUUACUGAAGAAAACAUGAUCUCCCAGUUCAGUGAUUUCCUUCAUGCUCUGAAAGACUGAACUGUGUUGAUAGAACUGCUUCCAGCAGGGGUUGAUGAAACGCUCAAUCGCAUCCUGGCAGCAUUGGUGAACAAUAAAUUGAGCCAAAGAUGCCAAUGUGCAGCUUGAAGAGAUCCAACCUUGCUGUGAUUGUGGGAACUAUGCAAUACCUGUUGCGCACAACAACAUGCAUGCUCUUCCUUUUCCUAGUCAUCUUCCUAUUUUUUCAAAGAAAAAUCCUGUGAUAUGAAAACCAUUCCCACUAAAAUGUCUUGUACAGUCUGAAGUCUUGCAUUACACACUCGAGACUUUCAAAAUCUGUGCCCUUGAGUGGUAUUCCAGUGCGCUGCCAAUGGAGUGGAAUCUCUCAAAACAUCGUCGGCAGAUACGACAGCAUUUGCUUCAAGGACUAAUGCACCAGAGCACAUGUUGUUGAAAGCAUUUGUUCCUGUGUCUGGGACAUUAAAAUUUGUGUUGUUGAA